AUGACUGAAUCAACGCCCCGUGUCAACGCACCAUAUCUCGAGCAGUUCUCUCAUCAGACCGUACGCAUCCUUGGCAAGGUCAGGCAGCUCCGUGGCGAGCAGGCCACUAUCGAUGCUGGAGGACAGAUACAAGUGCAUUUGAACAGAGAUGCACACCUCCAGCUCAAUCAUGCUGUUGAGAUCAUCGGGAAAGUGCAGAAUGAUCUGAGCGUCAAGGUCAUGGCAAGUACAGAUAUGGGACCGGAGGGCAAUAUUGACUUCAACGCAGUGGAUGCCGUUGUCGAUGCAACCCACCGCUACAAUCAGAUCUUCUACGAAAAGGAGCAAUGA